AAGGGGGAAGGGGAGCUUCACAUGACGGCAACAAACGGCAUGCCGAACUUACCGCGGUUGUGCGAUUAUUCCGUCUACUGAGCGGAGGACGUAGUCAAUGCCUCGCCUGCAUCAAGCGCUGUGUUUGUUACUACUUCAGUCUGCAACGCGCUGUCGAAUCGUACGGUCGUGUACACACGCAACUAAGUUUAAUAGUGAAUUUAAUUAUAAUAUAACGAUAUUUAAAUUUAAUUUAUACAUUCCGAAGUAAAAAAAUUGUUUAUAAUAUAUCACGUUAGUUAAUGGUGUUUGUGAAGUUCUAAAAUCAAUAUAUUGAGCUUCAUGAACUGUGACCGUGUUUUGGAUCAUUUUCAACAUUAGUACAACAGUGGUGAGGUACAACGUAUGCGAAGUAUAGAAAUGAGCGGAUUGACCAUAAGAGUAAAAAGGGGUUCGAGGGGUAGUGCUACACUUCUCGAAGCAGCAAACAGAAUUCUUAAGCUACUUGGCGUAAGCUCCACGAAGCGCGGGAAACAGCCAUCAACCAAAUCAAAGCCGAACACUAAAGUUACAAGCGAAGUAAGGGCUCCAAUAGCAAGCACUGAAUUCGCAACAGACUCUCCGGUCAAAAUGCAAGCUUCACAAGCAGCGGCUGCUCCUGUCCAGACUCCGACGUCAACACAUUCGUCCAAUCAGAGCUAUAGACACACCAAGCGAACUGCGAAAGAUUAUAUUUUUGGAAAGUUGAUUGGCGACGGCUGUUAUAGUACAGUAUUUUUGGCGAAAGACAUCCAUACUGGGAAGGAGUACGCAAUUAAAGUUUGUGAAAAAAGUCACAUCGUGCGUCAUCAAAAAGUUCAGUAUAUAAAACGGGAAAAAGAUGCCCUAAAUAUGCUUUUUAAUGUUCCGCACGGGUUUGUGAAACUUUAUUGCACGUUUCAAGAUGAAGAAAGGUUGUAUUUCGUAUUGUCUUACGCAAAAAAUGGCGAACUUUUGCAUUAUAUUAACAAAGUAGGCUCUUUCGAGUUAAACGUUGCUAAAUUUUAUGCUGCAGAACUAUUAUUGGCUUUAGAAAAAAUGCACGCAAAGGGGAUUAUUCACCGUGAUCUGAAACCAGAAAAUAUUUUAUUAGAUGAAAACAUGCAUUUACAAAUUGCCGAUUUCGGAACUGUUAAAGUUCUUGAACCUGAAAAAAUUAGAUCUCCUAGUCCAGCUACUACCGAAAAUAAUGAUGAAAGUGUAAGAUCAAGAAAAAUAAGUUUCGUUGGAACAGCGCAAUACGUAAGCCCAGACAUUUUACAAAACCGUGUCGAUACACGUGCUUCGGAUUUAUGGGCGUUGGGUUGCAUUAUUUACCAAAUGAUAUCUGGCUUACCUCCUUUCCGAGCUUCGAACGAAUUUCUUACCUAUCAAAAAAUUUUAAAAAUGGAUUACGAAUUUCCGGAAGGCUUUCCAGCAGAAGCCAAAGAUUUAGUAGAAAAACUUUUAGUUUUAGACCAUACUAAGAGGCUUGGAUCUAGUGAUAAAGGAGACACAUAUGAAAGUAUCAGACAACAUCCGUUUUUCGAAGGUAUAGACUGGGAAAAUAUUUGGGAACAAACGCCGCCGAAGAUAAGCCCCUAUUUACCUGGCGGAUCAUUUGAAGAAGAGUAUACAGUGCCUGAUCAUUUAGAACCUGGAUUAGGAGGCAGGCAGAUUUUACGAUUAUGGGAAUUUGAUUUAUCUACAUCUAGAGGAAUUUUAAAUAUUAGUCCAGAGGAAAAACGUCGGCGUCUUGAAGUUCAAGCUAGAGAAAACAAAUGGCACCAAUUUGUAGACGGAGAACUUAUAUUGAAACAAGGUUUAGUAGAAAAGAGGAAGGGCUUAUUCGCUAGACGUCGUAUGUUAUUAUUGACCACAGGACCCAGAUUAUUUUAUGUCGACCCCGUCAAUAUGGUCCUUAAAGGAGAGAUCCCUUGGUCGCCGGAACUACGAGUUGAGGCUAAAAACUUUAGAAUAUUUUUAGUGUACACGCCAAAUCGUACAUAUUACUUGGAAGACCCACAAUCUUACGCAUUAGAAUGGACGCGAGUUAUCGACGAAGUACGCAUCGGUACGUACGGACGGGACACGACCUAGGCGCGCGUGCGGCGCCGAGCCGAGUCGCGCCCGCCGGGCUGCGCGCCCGCAUUCCUCCCGUUCUUCGCACGGCGAGUGCACACUUCUAGGAUAAAACUAGGCUUCAUUUCGAGCACGAAAAUCAUCCAGAGAAAACUUUACAUGACGAUGAAAGAUUCGUGUCCUGAGAAUAAAAAUUGGUAAAUGAUCCUUUAAGUUUGCGACGGCCAGUGCGGGCCGGUAGCGCUGGAUCUACGUUUGAGCUGAGCAGCGCCACAUAUGUAUCGAGAGCGCACGAAGACACGCUCGCGUCGGCGCUGCCCGCACUAUAGGAGGACACGAGAAGACGACGUCAGUUCCCAAAUGAUCAGUGUGUUGACGCUGAAUGACUGAUUCCUACUAAUAUGUCCUGACUUUCUUAAAUUAUUGUUCUAAUUUAAGUUACUUAUUUAAUUGUGGAUAUCGGCGGUUAUAUGUAAAUAUUUGUCGUAAUUUAUUAUUAAAAUCGUUAGGUGUAUAUAACGCGUAUUUGUGGGCCUUUUUAACUUAAAUUAAUAAUGGCCUCAUGUAUGAAUGAACUUGUUAUUCGCCACCCGCGUGUUCACGAAGCCCAUUCCGGUUGGUAACUAGGCAAUUCAUAGCUAAAUUAAUAAUUAUUUAUUUUAUUUUAUUUAUUUGCCAACGGAAUGCGACUUUUGUACAGAUAUUUAACAGUAGAAAAAUAACUACGUUUCCAUAUUUUUUAAAACACUUGCCAGUAACAGUGUAAAGUUAUCAAUGAGAAAUAGAAAGUUGUUUAAUACUGGUGUGGCGUGACACUAAAAUAUGGAAAUAUUGUGAAAGAAGGCUAGCUUCUUAAAUUAGGACUGGACAAAUAAAUGCAGAAUCAUAUUAUCAUAAUGAUUUUUAAAAAAAAUUCUGCACUUGUUCAGAAAUUGUCUCUCUCAGAUUGCAGUAUCUUAAUUUGUGUGCAUUUUAUGCAUACUAUGCACUAUAGUCCUAAUUUAGUCAAAGUAUACGGAUAUUUUCACCAAAGGUGAUUGAUUACAUGUUUUUGGAGUAUUUGGUUAACUGUAUAUUAAUUGAUUAAAUCCUGAAAAAAAGUCUAUGAUUAUAUCUAAUA